UAUGCCCCUAACGGGUGUGCCGCAGCAUCUUGGCGUGCCACCCGCUAAAUUUUUCGUUUGGCUCGAGGCAAAAUUAUUGCAGUGUAUUUUGUGCCUGACGUGCGUAAAAAUCUAUUCGCGGAAGCAAACAUGAACCAUCAAGUCAAGGCUAUAACUCUGAAUUGCUGGGGUGUGCCAGUUGUGGCACGGAACCGCGCACAUCGCAUGCACGCUAUUGCAGAGUGGUUGGCGACAGCUGACUAUGACUUCAUUUUCCUGGAAGAAGUAUGGCUGAAGUCUGACUAUGCACUGAUCAGAACCAAAACAGAAAAACAAUACCCACAUAGCCACUACUUUUACAGCGGCGUGAUUGGCUCCGGUACCUGCAUCCUGUCGCGCCACCCGUUCUCCACCAGUCUCUACCACCGCAGCCCGGUGAACGGGUUCGCGCACAUGGUGCACCACGGCGACUGGUUCGGCGGCAAGGGAGUCGGCUUCUGCCAGGCGCGAUGCCGCGGCCUCACCGUCAACCUCUACACCACGCACCUGCACGCCAACUACAACAAGGCGCGGGACGUAUACUCCUGCCACCGGCUGGUGCAGAGCUUCGACUGCGCCCAGUUCGUGCGCAUGACGUCAUUCGGCGCCGACCUCAUCAUCUUCGCCGGCGACUUCAACACCAACCCAGACGAGCUGCCAUACAAGGUGGUGACGCACUGCGCCGGCCUCAAGGACGCCUACUACCUGGACUCUAGCACCAACAAGGAGGUGCCCGAGGAACCCACCUGCGAGGCGCCCAAGAACAGCUACACGUCGUCGGGGUCGGUGCUGGAGCACGGUGAGAGGAUCGACCUGGUGUUCGUCGGCACGCGCGGCUCCACGCGGCUGGAGGAGGUGCUCUACAGCCAGCCGAUGCCGGCGGUCGUGCCUGGAGCCUCCUUCAGCUUCUCGGACCACGAGGCGGUGGCCGUCACCUUGCGGCUGAGCACGCUGCCAGACGCCGCCGCCAAGUGGAUCUUCCACCCAUGUAACCGGAGGGACGGCGUGCUGCGCGAGGCGCUGACCGUCUGCGAGACCUACCUGAGGUCCUUACACGUCGACCAGAUAUUCCACGUGGUGUUAUCCGUGCUGCUGCUGGCCGUGCUGGUGGCCACGCUGGGCGUGCCGGUGCUGCACGGCUGGGCGCAGGGCCUGCUGCGGCUGGUCAUCACGCUCAUGUUCGGCUACACCGUCUUCAUGGCGUCCGUCUGGAACCGGAUGGAGCGGGCUGGCAUCACCGCCGGCAUGUGUGACCUGCGCGUGGCCCUGAACAAGUGUCCGGAAUCGGGCUCCUCGCCGCCACCGGCCGGCCGGCGCGACAGCACGGACUGUGACGGCAACACCGAGCUGACGUCGGGCGACCAGGACAACGCGACCGCUAACGGCUCCUUCUAGCGCCAGGCGCCGGGGGGACUGACCACUGUCUCGCUCUAGCGCCGGGCGCCGGGGGCAGCGGGCCAGCGGUCUCCCUCCAGUACCGAGCACCGGGAUCAGAUCCUCCGGUGUCUGGUGAUAAACACUGGCUGUUCUGAGCCGUCACAUAGAAGUCCGGCGGCGAGCACUGGUCGUUGUUAGCCGUCACAUAGCAGCUGCGCGAGCGGAGGUCUAAGAGUCGAAGUCGGGUGGGAUCGCAGGACGAUCUUACGAUCGGCAGCUUCCUGUCGGACACGGGCUCAAUGUCUCUUGAUGGUGCCCACAGUAGCUCCAAUUGCGCUGAUACGACACUGGUUUGAGGAAGUGUGGACCGUAUGAUUGGUCUUGUGUUACACCCGAAAACGAGUUUUGGCAGGGCGACGCCAACACCAGAUUCCAAUAGCUGUUGAUUGAUAUUCAUUGUGAACUGAAGUUAAUGAUAGUUACGCCGGGACCUCGAACGAAGACAAAUGCUCUGGGCACAGUGAACUGUACAAUAGAUAGGCGACGCAAACGCUUGCAACAUUCCCGUAUGAACUAGUCGACACCGCUGGUAGGUGCUCUGUUAUGAGACUAAAAUGUUACGAAAGCGUUGUUAUUUAUGCCACCAGCCAUCUCUAUGGGGUCCAUUUUACGCGUAAUGCAGUGCGGUGUUCUGAAAACACUCCAGCUAUGAUUUCAAAGUUUUAUGUUUGCCGUGAAUGUCGCUUUGCCUUAGCUGCGUGGCUGUGGGCCUGGCUUGACACGCGCGUGCGCUCGGUAGGUGCGGGUUGAGUCACCGGUAGGUGUGGCGGAUGCGACGGGCUGGGGACCGCCUGCCGCGCCGGCCAGAGGGCGACGAUGGCGUGGAGCGUGGAGCCAGCGCCGCGGCGAUGCGGCCGUGUCCAGGGGUCCGGCACGGGGUGUGCCGUCCACCCGCCACCUCAAGGGAACGCUCGUGCCUGUGAGCCGUGACUGAGCCAUGCUCGUUCCUCGCGCCCGUUGCUGACCGUUCAGGGGAAUGUGCGGGCCGGAGUGGCCACGGCUGUGCGCCGUGGGCACCGUGCCACCGCCGGCGCGCGCCACGUGCCGCGGAGAAGACCGGGCGACCCGUGCUCCGGUCGGGCCAGGCCUGAUCUCGGGGUGGGCGUUCGUUUCGGGGCCAGUGGCUGGCAGAGUGAGGUGACCACAGCUUGAUGUGAUAACAGCCGAGCGUUACGGAUAUUGGCGCCAUGUGUUCGCGACGCUUCUUAGAGAAUAUACAAAUAUGCCGUGUGUGUGGA